GGCGCGGCCGCGGAGCCGGGAGCAGCGCGGUCCAGGUUUCACAUAAACUGUUUACCAGUCAUGCCUCUGCAUGUCCCGUACCUAAGCUGAUAAAGCAUCUAUGCACUUUAAUCUCAAGUCUAUGCCACUCUUCUAGUACAGUGUGAGCUGUGCCUUGAACCUUGGAUAUAAAGACCUACCAGCCAAAGUCUUGUUCCUGCCUUAGUAAUGUUCCAGAGGUUAAAUAACAUGCUCAUGGGAGAGAUUAAUAGCUUGUCCAGCCAGGAGCCAGAGUUCAGUGAGAAAGAAGACGAUGAGUGGAUUCUGGUUGACUUUAUAGCAGACACUUGCACUAACUGCUCUGCAGAGGAAGCAGACAUCACUGAAGCAUCGGCCGUGGAUGGCUCGCCUGUCUUCUCUUGUUUACCGUCUCCCUUGGAACACUUGCCGGAGGCCAGCGAGUCUUGCUUCAUCCAGUUUGAGUCAUGUCCCAUGGAGGAGAGCUGGUUUAUCACCCCUCCCCCAUGUUUUACUGCAGGUGGAUUAACCACUAUCAAAGUGGAAACCAGUCCCAUGGAGAACCUCCUAAUAGAGCAUCCCAGCAUGUCGGUGUAUGCUGUCCACAAUACCUGUCACAGCCUUAAUGAGACUGGAUGUGGAGAUGAGGAGUUUCACAGCCCCGGUAGUCCCAGACUGGAGGCCCGAAAUGAAACGGGACAGCGUGUUCACUGCUACGUCACAGCUCUUGCUACUCGUUCAACUUUUCUGGAAAAAAACAAGAGCUUUCGUCCUACCCACUGGAUAAAAGAACAGAAUGAAAGACACUGUCUCAACAGAAAUGGUCUCCGUCGCCAAAACCUCGCCAGGGAUUGCCACUCUCGGCAAAUCAAGCACAACGGACUGUUGAUUCACCAGCCUUGCCAGCGUCAGUUCAAUUACUGAUGGCUCUCGUGGUUUUAAUCUAUGGUCUAAUUGUUUUUUUAGGUUGCUCUUGUUUUUAUGCAUAGGUAAGUGUGGUCAAUCUGAAGCUGAUCAUCAAUCCCUCAAACGCAAUCGUAACUAGUGUUACAUUCUUUUGAAAUGACACAUAAAUCUCCAAACAUCUUGCAUCAAGUCCUAAAUGUUGAUGUUAAAUAUCAAUGUCUUGAAAGCCUAUCAGUAUGAUAGUUUGUGUGCUGUUUUAUGAACUAUGAUGUAUAGAUGGGUUCUUAGUUGCUAUUUUAAAGAAACUUAACUGAGGUGGAAAUCAGUUACAUUUUGCAUUAAUCAAAGUGGAGUUAGAAAAUUUGAGGUUAGCUGUAUGCUUUAAUGACCAGUACUUGACAGCUUGUGUAUCUGUCUGUAUUCAGCGUAUAUGAUUACUUUCUAACAAAGAAAUACUAUAGCUGCCAGUGGAUGUUACGUAGCUAUGCUGAACUGUUACAAGAAGGACAUCUAAUCUGAAUUGCCUAGUACCUACUUGUGUUAGUGGAGUCUGUGUAGGUGUGUUGGGUACUUAAUAUGGGUAUCAGAAAAAGGUUAAAUGUUCCCCCAAUAUUGUUGCAGUGUGAUCUGGCACUGGUGUUAUGGAUGUAGUACCUCACAGUGGAGUGGAAGGAAAAGUGGACCUAUGGGUUAAGUGCAGAUGCACAACCCAGAUAGCUUAACUGGGUUUUACUUGGUACAGUUCAAGUUCUUACUCACUUUCUCUAACUCUUUCUAUCUUUGAAAGAUGUAUUUCCCCUACUCUAUUUCAUGUAAUCUCUAGUCUAGUUAAAGGAAAAAGAUGGUGGAUUGACUGUUCUUUUAAUCCUAUCAGUAGCUGACUGUUCUUUAAAGAAGUCAGGCUGAUGGAUAGCUAUUUCUGAGCUGCUAAUUGUUGUUAGAUUGUCUUAUAUUUACAGAUUGAGAGUAGCUCAAAAGUAACUAGAAGGAAGGUUUUAUCAGAAGUUCUCCUAGUCUUCUCUCUUUCUCUCUAUGAAAAUGAAGUCUGAGUUAAUUGUGACUGGAAACGAAGGGCAGUGUGUGGCAGGGAAAAGAGCAUGCUGAAAAACAGUCUUACAGAACUAAACACAGUGAUAACAGGGUGUAUAAAAAUCGAGAUAAAUCGGCAGUGGUUGUUCUCCUAGCCCAUUGGGGGCAGAAGGAAUGGGAUAGCAAUUCUGUGGGCCAACAGGAAAGAAAAGCCAUUCAAAGCUAACAAGUAGUUUUCUUAAGAACACUGCAAGUUGUUUUGGAAGUUGGCAGACACUUAAAGUUCAUCUGUUAACAAAGAGUGUGUAUUAGACAGCAGCCACAUGGCAUGCCAAACCCUGAUAGAUCAAUCUGGGAAGUAGAUUAAAUGGCUAUGGAAGUGAGGAAGCGGAAAUCUGCACUGAAAGAAGGGGGAAGUAUAAGUAAGUUUAUCCCCCUUUCUGUCAGUGCUUAAUGUGACUUACUGUUUUUUCCUUGUGUUUAGUGCCUAGGGCAUUAAAGUGUUAACAUUACAUUCAACCAUGUCUUCCAGUAGUCCUUAUACAGAAGUUAGUAUAAGGAGUCAUGUGAGGAGUCUUUGAAAUUAGGCAAGAUCAAUAAUGUGAAUUAUUCCAGACCUAUGAAGUAUUUUAAAUUUAGCCAAAUGCUUCAACUUCAGUGAAGCAAAAACCCAACGAUUUGGAUUAACCUUGAUGUAGUGGUACUGCUGCACACUCUGCAGCUGGAAUUGUUGUGGCACAUACUUAGUGUACACGAAACAACACUUAUAACCUCUGUUUCACUGCAGAUGCGCUGCUUUGCUGGGAUUAGGUAGGAUUGUUGCAAAGGGAUGUUGACAAAUAAUUAAAUGUAUAAAAGCAAGAGGUGCUUUCCUGGAUACACUAGUCUCUUCUUUUCUUAAGACUUGUUGAAUUCACAUGGACAGUAAAAGAAAACAAAAUGGGUAGCAUCAUGAGUUUCCAAAAUGGAUUUUGUUACUACUCUCUUCAGCAGUAUGUGCCCAUGUCCAUACAACAAUUCUUUUGUGGUCCAAAUGCUCUGCUUUAUCUGCAAAUAGCUGUAGUUUCACUAGUCUCUCAUCUGGUCACGAAUACUCUACUUGCCUCAGAUUAUCUACCUUUAUCACUCCAACUUUUUGCCCAGCUUACAUUUCCUCGUCCUCACUGCCAACUUUCUAGCUCAGGAAAAUUCUUUGCUUUCCUUUAUUUUUCUUUUAUAUAAAAAGUAACUACUUUCCUUCAGCUUUAAUUUUCUUAAAGUGAAAUGAAGGAAGAUGGAGUCUCCACCUCCCCGUGUUGGAAGGAGUAAGUAAUCCUUAACCCUUAAUGGGGAGAUGGAGUUGAGAGUAUAAGGCUCCUAGGCAUUACAGUGAGAGCCUUGGUCCGUUCUUCUCAUAGGCAAGUAAAUGCAACUUUAGACUGCUCCUAGAAUUGGGAGAUACUGAUCUUUUUAUACUACAUUACUAGAUAACUUUCUGGUGAUGAAAACCUAUAUCUUUCAGGAUAUAACUGUUUUGUUGCACAAAGCUGCGCUUCUCAAUUUGUAAUAUUGGAAACCAUAUUAUUGUGUGAGAUAGUACUGCAUCAAUGGCUCUUUGUUAAUUUGUUUUACAUAUUUAUGUUGGUCUAGCCCUGUUUUGUGCCUGGAGCUAUUGGGCAAUUAGAUUUGUUUUGGUUUUCUGUUUUAAUAGUGAGCUGUGUGGCUUUUUAUAUGGUUUUUGAAUUGUAUUAAAGUGUGUGUUUUUUCUUGUAAAAGUGGAGGCCUUGCACUGUCUCAUACUGAUUGAUAUUCAUGAAUCUUGCUGAAACUGUAUUUUCAUAUGUAUUGGUCAAUAGACAGAUUCGCAUUUUAAACUGUGCCUUCUACACAGCAGACUUGAAGAUUCAAAAGGGACAUUUCAGUUAGGAUUAAUACUGUACAUCAGUCUAUGCAUAUAUGGCAGCUUCUCUCCAGAGCCACUUCUCUAUUUGUAGCAGUCCUUUUGAUAUGGAAGAAUGUCUGGCUCUUAUUUUUAAUAGUUUAACACAAGCUGAAAACCGACAAAAUACAGCACUUUGCCAAAAAGUAGCAUUGCUUAACCAGUGUGUAUUUACUAAAGCGAUCUUCUGUAUUUUGUUUUCAUAGUGCAUUCUGCGCACCAUGGGGAGACAUGAUCUUAACUCUCAAUAAAAAAUGGC